AAUAUUGAAAAGAGAAUGUUCCAGUUUUAGAAUGCUUUGCAGAUCAUUGUACAAGGAUUGAAAGUUGCUAUUUAAAUUUUAUUAUAUUUAAUUUAUUACAAUUAAUGAAUGAUGUCGGCGAACUGUUUAGCGUCAACAUUGUACAAUUACAGUAAAUAUUGUUUAAAACCUAAUCUACUAUCGGCCGGAAAGUCCCAUUUAAUAUUGACUCUCAAUUUUUCUACUACAAUGUACAGAAAAGGAAAAUUUGACUUUCCUAAGAGAUUUACAGGACAAGAAAAAAGUGUAUGGGUUGAGUAUAUAGAAUUAGCUAUCAAAUAUAAACCAUUAAAUUUGGGACAAGGUUUUCCUGAUUAUCCUUGUCCAGAACAUGUUACAAAGGCUUUGGCAGAUGUUGCAACUGGACCCGAUUCAUUAUUGCAUCAAUAUACAAGGGGUUUUGGGCAUCCAAGAUUAGUAAAUGCAUUAGCCACUUUAUAUAGUAAAGUCCUAAAUAGAUCAAUUGAUCCAAUGAAAGAAAUACUUGUUACGUCAGGUGCUUAUGAAGCUCUUUAUUCAACAAUACAAGGGCAUAUCGAUAGAGGAGAUGAAGCUAUAAUUAUAGAACCUUUCUUCGAUUGCUAUGAACCUAUGGUUAAAGGAGCUGAGGGUGUUUGCAGAUAUAUUGCUUUAAAACCAUCUCCUGAUAAAUGCUCUGAUGCUCAAAGUUCUGCUGAUUGGGUUCUUGAUAAAAAAGAAUUGGAAUCAUUAUUCAAUGAGAAAACAAAGCUUAUUAUUUUAAAUACCCCUCACAAUCCAACGGGAAAGGUAUUCACCUUGGAAGAACUGGAAUUUAUUGCUGAACUAUGUAAAAAAUGGAAUGUUCUUUGUAUAUCGGAUGAAGUUUAUGAAUGGAUGGUGUUUAAGCCUCAUAAGCAUAUUAGAAUUGCUACUCUUCCUGAUAUGUGGGAUAGAACUAUUACUAUUGGAUCUGCUGGAAAAACAUUCUCUGCUACAGGUUGGAAGUUGGGAUGGGCCUAUGGGCCUUCUGAUUUACUAGAAAAUUUGCGUGUUGUUCAUCAGAAUUGUGUAUAUACUUGCUCUACACCAUUACAGGAAGCAUUAGCACGCGGUUUUGAAACAGAAUUAGCUCGAUUUGAUUCUGAUGAGUGUUUCUUCAAAUCGUUAGCUGUUGAGUUAGAAGGGAAACGAGAUUUUGUAUGUAAAUUUUUAGAGGAUGCCGGUAUGAAACCUGUAAAGCCGGAUGGAGGCUAUUUUAUUGUAGCUGAUUGGUCAGCAUUGGGAAGUAAAAUAAAUUUAGAUUCCGAGACAGAUCCACAACGUGAUUACAGGUUUACAAAAUGGAUGACUAAAAAUGUAGGGCUUCAAGGCAUACCGCCAACAGCAUUUUAUUCUAAAGAGCAUAAACAUCUAGGAGAAGAUUAUGUUAGAUAUUGUUUUAUAAAGAAAGAUGAAAAUCUGAAAAAAGCAGCUGAAAUUUUACAGAAUUGGACAAAAACGCUUAAAUAAGAAUAUAAAUGAUUAAAUGCUAUGGUGAACAUUAUAUAUUUAUACAAUUUUUGCUAUAUCC